GAGUGACAGGUGCGGAACGCGCGAUCUGAUUGGUCGACCAGCGGGACUAGCGACGUCCAGCGCAAACACUUUCGAUUGUCUUUUUCUACUACAUUUUUCCCCCUAACCAUCCAAGCUCAAAGGCUAUCAAUCCGGUGGAGUCAACCAUUGAUCAAGAGCCUCUCUAAGGAUUAAGCAGCGGUUCAUUUCCAUCCUUUGAUCAGUCGAGUGUCCCAUAGACCUAGAAACACUCACAGACUUAAAAGCGGCAGGAUGGACAGAACAGAGCUCAUCCAGAAGGCAAAGCUGGCCGAGCAGGCAGAGCGCUAUGAUGAUAUGGCGGCCUGUAUGAAGUCGGUGACUGAAGCUGGCACCGAGCUGUCAAAUGAGGAGAGAAACCUGCUAUCCGUCGCCUAUAAGAACGUAGUGGGCGCUAGGAGGUCUGCAUGGAGGGUUAUCUCCAGCAUCGAGCAGAAGACCGAGGGAAAUGACAAGAAACUGGUGAUGGUGAAGGAAUACCGGGAGAAAGUGGAGUCUGAACUGCGGGAUAUCUGCAAAGAUGUGUUGGAGCUGCUGAACAAAUAUUUAAUUGAGAUUUCCUCAACUCCUGAGAGCAAAGUCUUCUACCUGAAGAUGAAGGGCGACUACUACAGAUACCUUGCUGAAGUUGCCUCAGGAGAUGACAAGAAAACUACCAUAGAAAGCUCUCAGGAUGCUUACCAGAAAGCAUUUGAUAUAAGCAAGGCAGACAUGCAGCCAACACACCCCAUUCGCCUGGGUCUGGCCCUUAACUUCUCUGUCUUUUUCUAUGAAAUCCUUAACUCUCCAGAAAAGGCCUGUUCCCUGGCCAAACAGGCUUUUGAUGAGGCCAUUGCAGAGCUCGAUACGCUGAAUGAAGAGUCUUACAAAGACAGCACUCUGAUUAUGCAGCUACUGAGAGACAACCUCACAUUAUGGACAUCCGACAAUGCACCAGAUGAGGUUGAAGGAGGCGAGGGAGGAGACAACUAGAACACACACUCCUUCAGCAGAGAAAACAACCUUUGUACACGUCUCCAUUCCUUAUAACUCCAUGUCAGAAUUCCUCCAGUAAAGAACGAACCCAUAAUUGAAGAGCUGUUUAUGGAGAAAAGAAAAAAAAAAAAAAAAAAAUCAUAUAGCCUUUUCACAGUGCACCUUUUGGGAAAUGAAAGAAAGAUAUUUGGGGAAAGACUGUUCCUUAGUUUGUUUGUCUUGGCCUUCCAUAAUGUGCAGUUUCUGCUGUAGAAAAGUAUGACUAGAUUCAUUUUUAUAAAAACAUAACCUUAAAGUAUAGUUAAUGGAAGUUAAAUUAAUUAAUAAAUAAAAAAAUAAGGACAUGCAUUUCAUCACAGAUAAGUCUGAGACUAAAAAGUAAUUGCAGGGAUUAAAAGCAUUUAGAUAACCGUUGUCUUAUCCACCUACUGUAUCUCGUACUUUAAUACUCUGUUACCUGUUUCACCUCAGCUCUACCCAGGGUCGUGCACUUCCACUGAAAAACAGUGGUCAAUCACACUUAGUUCAGUAUGGAAAUAACAAACAAACAAAAGUUGUUAAAAUCGAAUAGAUUUCAAAUUGCAGUGUAGGUUUCACUUCAAAAUUGUUUGCAUCAGCAGUGGUAUGUAGUAUUUGGACAGUCCUCAGUUUAUAAACAGUUUAAUAUAUUUACUGUUUUUCAUAUUUUUAAUGCAGCUGAUUUUUGCCUGAUUAGUGUUCCCUUUGCUUUUAUUUUAUGGAAAUCAGAAUCAUCCAUAGAAAUUAAAACUUUAAGAAGACUUGGGCUUAAUUUAAGUAAUGCUAUGUUACAAGUAAAACUGUUAAAUUAGCAGUACCCCACUAGCAUGCAGACCAAUACUGACACAAUCGGUGGCACAGUUUGGUAAUAUGGUUUUGAUUGAUUGAUUUCACACGUAAUUGACCUACUCUGGAAGUUAUUUCACCUACAGCAUGUUAUAAAUAAUAGAAAACCAGGAAAGAGCAGCUUGACUUUGUGAAUGCUAUCGGUCAGUUGGUGUUGGUGGCAAAUAACACCGCCUGUGCAUGUCUUUAUUACAGAACACUGAAAUGGGGAUCAAUGCCAUAUUGCCAAGUUUAAGGUUCUGUUUAGUACUUAUAAUGUAUUGUGCACAGGUGUGUGCUUGUCCAAAGAGUGUCACUAUAAAUUGGACCACUAUUAUGUGUUUUGUUUCUCCUUUUUGUGCUUGUGAAUUUUUUUCCCCCGUGGAUUUUAGUCUCACAAAAGCCUGGUGAUAAUGUUUUAUGCCCUAUGUAUGUUAUGUAACAUGCUUAAAUAUUACAUUUUAUAAACCAAAA